AUGGCCGAGGAGCCACUCAUAGACGAAGAAUAUGCAUCUGAAGAAGAUUCGGAUUUCGCGCCCGACGCAGCACCAUUAGAUAUCGACGCCGAGGCUUCAGAAUCUGAAGAUGACGAAGUCCAACUAGUCGCGGUACCGAGUAAGAAGCGCGGCGCCGAUGCAGAUACAAACGAUGGAUUCGAGAACUCAGGCGACGAAGCGAUAAUACAAAGGGGCAAGAAGAGACGAAAGAAAGAAAAGCGAAAGGAUGGCAACGUCGAGGAUGAUGAAGGUGGCGAGGGUGGGCUAAUUAAGACCCGGAGUAUGCGAGCAGCGGAGAAAGUCGAAAAGAAGUCGCGCACAGCCACCGGCCCAGUAACGAUUGAUGUGGACGAUAUAUGGGCUAAAAUGACCGCCGCUCCCUUAAUACCAUCUAAAGCAGAUAUAGAAACGGAAACAGAAACCCCAAAGCCAGUCCAGGAACAAGGAUCGGAUGGGCAAUCUAAAGGUACAAAGGACAGAUCACAGGCAGAUAAACUAGACGGAGAAGGGCUGGCAUCAAUGAUAAAAAUAAAGCGUACCUACAAUUUCGCUGGUAAGGUACACGUCGAAGAAAAGCUGGUGCCUCGAGAUUCAGCGGAAGCAAAGUUAUACCUAGCAUCUCAAGAUCCCACGUCAGUCGAAGACGUGGAAGCCGAGGACAGUCAGCCUAGACGGAAACCUCGAAAAGCAUUCCGAUCUAUAUUCGAGCCCGUCAUCGAAGGGUUGACACAGCGCGCAGACUUGAAUCUCGGCAUGGAUGCAAGAUUACAAUUGCGCGAGCAGGCAAAGGCCAAGAAACUUAACGUGGUCGAAAAGAGUCGUAUGGACUGGGCGGGAUUUGUCGACAAGGAGGGUAUCAAAGACGAACUCGAAUUGGCUGGGAAGUCAAAAGAGUCUUAUGUCAACCGGCAAGACUUCUUGGCUCGUGUUGCGGCUAAUCGAGACGAAGAAGCAAGAAGGGCGAGAGUUGCUGGCCGUGUUUAA